GGCUUGGGCAAAAGAGAUCCUCAUUGUUUCAGUAAAUCUCUCGGAGUUUCGACAUGAAGGAAUCGCUGAGUUUUGGGGGUGGAACCUACAGAACCCGGGAAAUCAUCUUGGUGACUGUGGCCGUCGUAGCUGUAGCGCUGUGUAUUUUGUUUCUAGGAUUGUACGCUACCAAACCAAGCAGUUCAGACAACGCUUCAAAACAAAGUAAAACCUCUGCUCAGCACGCAAUGACGCCCAAACCAAACCCGAUCUGCGAAACACCGUCCUGCCUGGAAACGACGGCCUACGUCUGGUCACUGGUUAACACGAGCGCGAACCCCUGUGAAGACUUCUACUCGUAUGCCUGUGGUUACUGGCCCUCACAAAAUCCACUGCAGCCAAACGAAUACACUAACAGUGUCAUUCGCAAAAUUAGAAAGGACAAUGAAUUAAGAAUCCGCCGACUGCUGGAGUCACCCAAGCUUCGAGCUGUUCCUUGGGGAAGCGAACGGAAAGUUAAAGACUUAUACAGGUCAUGCCUUAACGAGUACGGAAGGAUGAAGUCCGGUGGGAAUCCAUUUAUAGAGAAAGUUCUGAAGGUCGUCGGUGGCUGGUAUGUUGUGGGUAACUUCAAUGCCGAUAGAUGGGACCUUCUCACCAACAUUGAGAAAGUCCACGUGGAUUUCGGCACAAAUGUUCUGUUUACGAUUCGCGUGGCAACAGACUGGACCUUUCCAUCUCGACGAAUUAUAUCUCUUUCAAGCGUCCAAACUGGAAUGUAUAGGUGGUAUUAUACAGCUACCUACUCAUACGCAAACAAGACACGCACGGCUUACAUGGACUACAUGAGAACAGUGGCUGGUUUGUUGGUGAGAGAUGCUGAUGUGAGCAUGACAGACACAGACAAGACUAACCGCAUCAAUGUAUUCGUCGAUGACGUCAUGAACAUGGAGUCCAUACUGGCAAACAUAAGCUCCACCUCAAGGUAUGACGUACAAAGCCACGAGCGAGAGAAGAAGGUUCGAAUCAACAACCUGACAGCAUUAACGGACACAACGUUUAAUUGGGUGUCGUUCUUCUCCUACAUGUUUGACAAGCCGAGAGUUAGCGAGUGGACCUUCAUAGCCAUACCAGAGAAAGACUACAUCCGGAAAAUGUCCCAAGCCAUAAAUAACCUAGGCCCGAACAAAAACAGGAUACUGAACAACUACUUCACGUGGACCAUGCUCCGGAAGUACGUACCGCACAUGUCUGCCGAGUAUAUCCACGCGGCGCGCGCCUACAGGAAGGCCCGCUUCGGCUACACUGAAUUCUCCUCCACUUGGGAAGAGUGCUUUGAUUACGCGGCCAGCACCAUGAAAGAUGCUAUGAGUCAUCUGUACAUUAAGGAUCAUUUUGCGGACGAGAACAAGGAUAAGGUUACCGAGAUUGCUCAGAGCGUGAGACAAGCCUUGGUGGACAGUCUGACAGGGAAUAGCUUCAUGGACGCUGAGACCCGUGCCUAUGCCAGGACAAAGGUUCAGAGCAUCGUGGACAAAAUCGGCUACCCACAGUAUAUCUUAGACAACGAUUCCGUGGAUAGGAUAUAUCAAUCAUUAGAGAUUCACGACAACGACUACUUCCAAAAUGUCCUGAACAUGAACAAAUUUGCAAGAGUGGAUAUGAACAAGCAGUUGCAAGGAAGUCGGGCGGACCCAGACCAGUGGGGCUAUCACAGCGCUAUAGACGCCUGGCACGCCUACAUCCACUACCUCAACCAGGUUGUCAUACCCGCCGGCUUGCUUCAGCAUCCCAUAUAUGACUACAAACUGCCUCACUACCUAAACUUUGGCUCUGUUGGCACCCUUUUUGCCGAGAGUUACAUCCGCGCUAUUGACAGGAUAGGUUCACUAUUCGAUAAAGAUGGUGACAGAGUAAGCUCAGAGCGUAACCCAUUUACAUACAACGGAUGGUGGUCGGACACGACUCUUAGCAAAUACACGGAUAUCAGAAGCUGUUUGAUGAACUAUACUGUCAACAAAACAGAGAGCACUACUACUGGCGGAGCCAAUCCGGUCAGGGUGUCGUCGUAUAUGACAAUAAACAUGGCGGAAAACUUAGCGGAAGAAGUUUGGAUGGUCAAGAUAGCAAUGAAGGCAUACCAGGCUUGGGUAGCAAAGAAUGGUGCCGAACUGAUGCCCCCCUCUAUUGGCCUCACAAACCAGCAGAUGUAUUUCGUCGCAUAUGCACAGACCCAGUGUUAUGUGAAUAGCCCUGUCCAGGACAGCUAUCACGAUUUGUACGGUUUUUUUAGGAAAUCGUUCACAACAAACAUGGCCCUUUCCCAGGUGAAAGAGUUUUCUGAUGUAUUUAAAUGUCCUGACACAGCUAUGUUAAAUCCAUCGAACAGAUGUCCCUUGAACUGACGAAACUUUACAGACUAUUCACGUUAAGUUUGUCUUAUAUCUAGUGAUGUUAUAACACUGGCUGUGGGGUCAGUGCGUGUGUAAAUUGUGCAGUGCACGAAUAGCUCGUGAGCAAUUUUUUGUACCAAAAUUCAUCGGCCGCUAUUUCGACGAAUAAAUGUACGUUUAUCUCAUUAUAACUUUUUGACUGUUGACUUAUUUCUUAAAAUGCUCGAAGUACUACUCAUUUUAUAUUUUUCAAAUAUUUGUUUUUAGCUUUCGCUAAUAUGUUAUUUAUCCAUAUAAAUUGAAGUGUAAAUGGUCUGAAAACCGAUCU